UUGAUCAAGGAAACAAUAAGAAGUGGAAGAAAACAACAAAUUGGCUUCCGAGUCCAUAAAAGUAUUUCAACAAAACAUCUGAAAAGGCCCAAAAGAAAGGGUUUAGAAAUUGAAAAUCAUGUGACGAAAGCGGAAAGCGAAACCAACAUCGACCAACAACCCCCUUCUUGUAGUAGUUGAGUUGAGCUUCUCCUUCUUCUUCUUCUUCUUCAAAUCUCUUUCUUUCUCUCUUCGAAAUCUGAUUCCUCCUUCUUCCCAGUUAAGCUUUUGAGUGUAAGAUGGGAUCUGGUCAGUGGCACGUUGAGAGAAGGUCUACUCUAAGGAAUGAUUCCUUUGUUAAGGAGUCCGGUUCAGCUCCAGAGACUGGUUGUCUUUCCAUCGCCGUCCUUGGCGCAUCAGGCGAUCUUGCCAAGAAGAAGACUUUUCCUGCCCUUUUCAACCUAUUCCGCCAGGUUUUACCUUUCAUACCAUGUUCACUCUAUAAUCCAAUCCAUCUAUUUGUUUGUGGUGAUGAUCAUUGGUUUGAAUGAGCAGGGGUUUCUCAACCCUGAUGAAGUUCACAUCUUUGGGUAUGCCCGGACUAAGCUCUCUGAUGAGGAGCUUCGAGAUCGGAUCCGUGGAUACCUUGUUGAUCAGAAGAACGCAGAGCAAGCAGAAGCCUUGUCAAAGUUUCUACACCUGAUCAAGUAUGUGAGUGGCCCUUAUGACUCUGAGGAGGGGUUCCAGAGAUUAGACAGGGCCAUUUCGGAGCACGAAAUCUCCAAAAAUAGCUCUGAAGGAUCCUCCAGGAGACUCUUUUACCUAGCACUUCCACCGUCCGUUUAUCCUUCUGUGUGCAAGAUGAUCAAGACAUGCUGCAUGAACAAAUCUGACCUUGGUGGAUGGACACGGAUUGUUGUUGAGAAGCCAUUUGGAAAGGACCUGGAGUCUGCUGAGCAACUCAGUUCUCAGAUUGGAGAGUUGUUUGAUGAAUCGCAGAUUUAUCGUAUUGAUCAUUAUCUUGGCAAGGAAUUGGUCCAAAACAUGUUGGUCCUCCGAUUUGCCAAUCGCUUUUUCCUGCCACUUUGGAACCGUGACAAUAUCGAGAACGUUCAGAUUGUUUUCAGGGAAGAUUUUGGAACUGAAGGGCGUGGUGGAUAUUUUGAUGAAUACGGAAUCAUCCGUGAUAUUAUUCAAAACCAUCUUCUCCAGGUUCUUUGCCUUGUUGCCAUGGAGAAACCAAUAUCUCUUAAACCCGAGCACAUCCGCGAUGAGAAAGUGAAGGUGCUUCAAUCGGUGGUUCCAAUAACAGAUGAAGAGGUGGUUCUUGGACAAUAUGAAGGGUAUAGAGAUGAUCCUACUGUUCCAGACGACUCAAAUACUCCAACGUUUGCCACAACAAUUCUUCGCAUACACAACGAAAGAUGGGAAGGUGUACCCUUUAUACUGAAGGCUGGAAAAGCGUUGAAUUCAAGGAAGGCAGAAAUUCGAAUUCAGUUCAAGGAUGUUCCAGGCGACAUAUUUAGAUGUCAGAAGCAAGGGAGGAACGAGUUUGUGAUACGCCUGCAACCUUCAGAGGCAAUGUACAUGAAGCUAACUGUUAAGCAACCAGGUCUGGAGAUGCAAACCGUGCAAAGUGAACUAGACUUGUCAUACGGGCAACGUUAUCAAGGUGUCUCGAUCCCAGAGGCAUACGAGCGCUUAAUUCUUGACACAAUCAAAGGUGAUCAACAACAUUUCGUUCGCAGAGACGAAUUGAAGGUUGCGUGGGAGAUCUUUACGCCGUUGCUGCACAGGAUUGACAAAGGAGAAGUGAAGUCGAUCCCAUACGAACCGGGAAGCCGAGGGCCAAAAGAAGCUGAUCAGUUACUGGAGAAAGCUGGUUACCUUCAAACUCAUGGCUACAUCUGGAUCCCUCCGACAUUAUAAACACACAUACAUGCAUCAAUCCACAUAUAUAUAUAUGUAUGUAUACGGUAAGUAAACAACUAGACAUCUCUUUCCCUGAAUGAUCUAUCUAUGAGUUUGGUCAUUGUAUGUGAACCUAUGUAACUUCUGUUGUUCCCUUUGAGAUUUCGUCUUGUGUUUUGCUUUGUUGUAUCAAAAACAUAAUAAGAAUUGUUUUCCUGGUGGAAAUUCAAUCCCACUAGUGCAUUUUGCCCA